AUGGAUCCGCUUGAUGAGGAGUCCUUCUUGGAGGAGCUCAUGCCGCUUCACCGGGAGGAGGCGCCGGCGCCGCCGUACCCGGGCAGCAACAGCAUGAUGACGAUCAGCGACCUCCUCUUCUACGGCGGCGGCAAGGGCUGCACUGCCGAGGAGAGGAGUGGCCCAUUUCAGCAGCCCAUGCUGCCCUCGCCGCCGGCCGUGCGUCCGCACCCGCACCAGGAGUUCAACUUCAACUACCUGAGCGAAAUGUGCAACCCCUGGAGGAGCUGCAUCCCUGACCCUCCCGCGGUCGUCCAGGCUGCUGCCGGCAAGGCGCCGCUCACUCUUCCCCUCCAUGACGCUAUUGCGAGCUCGUCAACGUUCGUGUUCGGGGGAGGGGCCGGGGAGAGCUCGGGGAUGAGAAGCAUGCCGGCCUCCGGCACCCACCCGGAGAGCAAGCUCAAUGCCGGAAGCGGAACUCCGUCAAAGAACCUCAUGGCGGAAAGGCGGCGCCGGAAGCGGCUCAACGACCGCCUCUCCAUGCUCCGGUCCGCCGUGCCCAAGAUUAGCAAGAUGGGCACCACGCCCGAGGAGCUGAACCUGCUCAAAAAUUUCUCCAGCGGUGGCAACGAGGGGACGCCGACGAGGAGUUCCACCAAGUUAUGUGCUAACGUCGAGAACCAAGGCGGGGGCGACACGAAGAUUGAGAUCUGCUGCUCGACAAACCCCGGAGCGCUGAUUGCGACGGUGACCGCGCUGGACGUGCUGGGGCUGGAGAUCGAGCAGUGUGUCGUGAGUUGCUUCAGUGACUUCGCCAUGCAGGCCUCGUGCUCACAAGCGGAAGGGAAGAGGCAGGUGAUAAGCACAGACGAGAUCAAGCAGGCAUUGUUGAGGAGCGCAGGCUACGGGGCAAGGUGUCUCUAA